AUGUCCUCAUACCAACACCCUGAAGAGAAAGACUACAUAGAGGUCAUCCCCCUUUACGACGACCACAACGAGACCACUCACUCAAGGAAGAGUCGCAGCAACAAGAAGUACAACAAGCACAUCACGACUCCCCAGUCCGGCUCAGACACCGAGAAAGAACCCUCCAACAUGUCUUCAAGGUCUUCCAGACACUCUUCGGGGUCCAUCUCGAGGAAGGAGAAGAUCUCAGCAUCCAAGACGAAAAAGACGGACGACUGGACCGAAGUGACGGAGCCUGAUGAGAGGCGGCGCAUCCAAAACCGUAUUGCCCAGCGCAAGUUCAGGGAAAAGGCUCGUGAGCAAAAAGACCGCGCCGCCCGUGACGCCCAGAAUCAGCAACAUGCCGGCUCGUCGUACCAUAUUCCCGAUCCAGAAGACUUCACCCUCGACGAUGGUGGUGACCUCUCGGGCCUGCCUUGGGGCGGCUUGAGCAUGCGGCACGUCGUAACCCGCGGCCACGCUUCGGCCAGCACAGGACACCACACCCACAGCCAUCACAGCGGUAAUACGGGCGGGAGUAGCAGCAUCAUCCACCAGGCAACAAGCACGCCGGGCCCUGUCGACCAAGCGCUAUAUCACAUGACACCAUAUGGCUACACAGCGCCACCACCUCACCAGGCACAUCCUACUAUGGUGGACGCCACGGGGGAGGUGUAUCAUGGGUAUGACUCGCCAUAUACCACGGGAUAUUAUGCGUUUGACCCGGCUGGGGCAGAUCCCACUCAUGGGUUGUAA